AUGGCAAUGUUUCGAUCACGUUGUCAUCGUCCUCAACAUGAAUUCGACUCAAUUGAAUAUCAUAUAUCCCAUUCACAAUUAUCAUUUUUAUUAGUUCCAUCAUCUUCAAAAUCAGCAAAAACAACAUUAACUAACGACUCACUACAUUCACAUCCAAAUCUAAUUACAUUUCCAUCAAAUACAACACUAAAAUCAAUUUUAUCACAAGAUGAUUUUAUUAAUUUAGCUUCUAAAUAUUCAUCAAUAUCAAUAGCAGCUACAGAUGAUAAUCAACGACAGAACAAUGCUCAUUUUGAACUAGAAGGCAAUACAUUAGAUGAGAAUAUAGUAUUUUCAUCAAUUUGUUUAAUGAAAGACUUGAUAUUAGUUGUUAAUGAUAAUCUUCAAUUAAAAUUUCAUAGAAGUCAAAGUCUAGUGCCAAAUUCUGAAACUAUGAAUCAACAUCGUGAAGAUCUAUUUCAUCGUUUACCAAUUGAUAAUGGUCAUCGACCAGAAUCCAGUGAACAUCUUACCUAUCCAAACGAAAGUUUAGAUUUAUUAUUCGACACAUUACAUGGUGAAUUGGUCUAUUUAACUGAAUAUUUAAAAAGUCACAUCGGUAAACGACAUCAAUUUACAACAUAUCCAAUACAACAACAACAACAAAAACGGUUAUCUGAACGAAAACAGUGGAAUGAAUGGGAAACAGGAAUCUAUCAAAUGCGCGGUGAUGUUGAUGAUACGGUGAAUAUUGCAUUAACUGCUGAUUGGGGUGCUGGUACAAUGGAAGCAGCACUUGUUGCCAGUGCGAUGAUGAAUGGUUUAGAUUUAACUAAUCAACAACAAAAAGCAACAUCCGAUUUACCACAUUAUUCUAUACACUUGGGUGAUAUCUAUUAUGUUGGCUUACCAAGUGAAAUUCAACAUUGUUGUCUUGGCAUAAAACCACAUUGGGCAGAACAAGGUGUUCGAUGGCCAAUCGGACAAAAUGGUAGUUUGACUAUUCCUGGAAAUCAUGAGUUGUAUAGUCGUGGUUUUGGUUAUUGGGAUUAUUUUUUACCUCAUGUAGGUUUAUUCAAUCCAGAUGAUUUAACAUGUCCUGUACAACCACAGACAACAUCAUAUUGGGUCCUAGAAAAUGAUCAAUGGAGAAUAAUUGGACUUGAUACUGGUUAUGAUUCAUUUUCUUUAUUGGAAAUUGAUAAUGCUUCAAUUAAAUUACCGCAAGAAUUAAUGGAAUGGUUAAAAACUGUUGUUGGUCUCGAUCCACAAAUGACAGAUAAACGCGGUCUACUGUUUUUCUCACAUCAUCAAGUAAUUAGUGCAUGGAAUGAAAAACCAAAUACAGCUUUCCCGGAACAAAUAGCAUCAUUAUUACCAGAAGGACGAACGGUUCUCUAUUUAUGGGGUCAUGAACAUCGCUUGAGUUUCUAUGAAAAACAAACCAUUAAACCACAGAAAAAUUCUGAUAAAAGUCUGACGUUAUAUGGUCGAUGUAUUGGUAAUUCUGGCUUUCCUACAUUAGCAACAGAGCUUCCGACCAAAGCUCGUGAAACAAAAUUAUUAUUUUAUGAUGAUCGAUUAUAUAAUGUUCAAGGUAAAGAUGCUUGA